AUGACAGCAAAGACUCCGAUGCUCCUGGUGGCACUACUGUGCCUGCCAAUGGCGGAGGCGGCCGGAGUGUUCGAACUGAAGGUCCACUCCUUUAGCAGUCCUCGAAGUGUGUGUCUCGCUGGCCGUUCCUGUCACAUCUUCUUCCGAGUGUGUCUUAAGCAUGCCCAGCCCGUAGUGUCUCCAGAUCCACCUUGCACGUUUGGGACAGCCCUGAGCGACUUGAUGGCUGUGGAUCCAGGGGCCAUAGCAGCCAGCAGCCCCGUACGAGUCCCCUUUCACUUCAAGUGGCCGGGCAUUUUUUCUCUUAUCAUUGAAUCCUGGAGCACACACACAGCCGAGAAGUCUACAGAAAACCUCAACAACAUGCUGAGCCGCCUGGCCACUCGUAGACGCCUGUCUGUUGGGGAGGACUGGUCUCAGGACAUACACCUUGGGCAGCAGAGUGAAUUACGUUACUCCUAUCAUGUUACCUGUGACGACCAUUAUUACGGUGACAGCUGCUCCGACUACUGCCGACCACGGGACGACACUUUCGGACACUAUGUCUGUGACCAGGAGGGAAAGCGAUUAUGUUUGUCUGGCUGGAAAGGAGAAUACUGUGCUGAGCCUAUCUGUCUGCCUGGCUGCAGUGAGUCACAUGGUUUCUGUGAGGUGCCCGGCGAAUGCAAGUGUCGCAUGGGAUGGCAAGGUCGGCUUUGCGAUGAGUGCGUGCGAUACCCCGGCUGUCUGCACGGAUCCUGCUCGCAGCCAUUCGAAUGCACCUGCCAGGAAGGCUGGGGUGGGCUGUUCUGCAAUCAAGACUUGAACUACUGCACCAACCAUAAACCAUGCCAAAAUGGAGCCAGCUGCACCAAUACUGGUCAGGGGAGCUAUUCCUGCAACUGCCGAGCUGGAUACACGGGGACAAACUGCGAGAUAGAGAGCAAUGAGUGCGCCAGUAACCCGUGCAAAAAUGGAGGCAGCUGCAAUGAUCUGGAGAAUGACUACAAAUGUGUGUGCCCUAGAGGUUUCUAUGGCAAGAACUGUGACAUAAGUGCCAUGACGUGUGCCGAUGGUCCUUGCUUUAAUGGCGGCACCUGCGUAGAGAAAAGCAUCGUGGGUGGUUACGUCUGCCGUUGCCCCGUCAACUACCAUGGAUCCAACUGUGAGAAAAAAAUUGAUCGUUGCACCAACAACCCAUGUUUGAAUGGUGGCCAUUGCUUAGAUGUUGGGCGCAACGCAGUGUGCAAAUGUCGUGUGGGCUUCUCAGGACCUCGCUGUGAAGUAAACGUUGAUGACUGUGCCAGCAACCACUGUGCCAAUGGAGGUACCUGCGUAGACGGUCUGAACACUUACACUUGUUCCUGUACUCUUGGCUAUGGUGGUAAAGACUGCACCCAACGAGUAGAUGCAUGCAGCUCUAAGCCCUGCCUCAACGGAGCUACCUGUUACACCCACUUCAGUGGACACGUCUGCCAAUGUCCCUCAGGGUUCAUGGGCUCCAGUUGUGAGUUCAGGGUGCAAGAACCAACCACACCUACCUAUGUCGAUCCACCAUCUAACCUGGCCCUGUCUACUUGCAUGGGGGUGAUCACGUUGUGUUUGUUGGCGUGUGGACUGGUGCUCCUCAUGAGAGGUCUCAAGAAAGGGCUCAUCAAACAGAAAGGAAUGGUCAACAAUGACUUGGAGCACAAAACCAACAACUUAAAAGAGAAGGAGCCGUUUCUUAUCUCACCUCCUCAUUUCAAGAUGCCUAAUCAGGACUGUCUUAGAGAAAAAUCCCGCAGCAAGCAGAAGCUGCUUCCGGCAUCUGACAUGGAAGAGGAAAGAGAUGGGCGCCGCGUAAAAUCAGAUGUCAGAAACUGCAAUGCCACGGGGCAUCACCAAGAUGCUCUUUGUCAUCCAAUAUUCCUUCUCUCAGGCGCUUCUGAGCAAUGCGUGUUCGCUACUGAGGACAGCCCCUUUAAGGUUUUAUUUUUACAAGACCACUGA